AUGGCUGAGCCUCAGCCCCCAGCUGAACGACCAGAUAGCGCAUCCGACGUGGACUCUGACGGGUACGAACUCCAGAUUGCCCUUGACCAACUUGCAGCUGGCUCGACGGAUGCGCUUCGAAUUUACUUGGCCCGUAAAGAGGGUCUGGAUCCCAAUACAGUGUCAAUCCGAUCACGGCCAUGGGAGUACCAAGAGAACUCUGGCUCUAAGCUUUCAUACAUUGGGGCGAUGGACGACAUUGAAGCUCCAGGUGAAAAGGAUGGGCUUCCAAACGACAAGACCAAAACACCGCCGAGAGUCAUUCUCGAAGACACGAAGACGCUUUAUAAGUACGUGCCGCUCGAUCCAGAACGACGACAAUUCCGCCUGCUCAGACUCGCACCACCGGGAGAGAGCGGUAUCAUCAGUCAAUUUCGGCUCGAAACAUUCUGUCUCGAUGAUGCACCGCCUUACCUAUGUCUCUCAUAUGUCUGGGGAGAUCCAGACCGGUUUCUCGGCAUCAACUGUGACGGCGAGAUGAUUCCUGUCACGCAGAAUUUGUUCCACGCCCUCAAAGCUUGUUUCAACAGACACCCGAACUUUUGGCUGUGGGCAGAUGGUAUCUGCAUCAACCAGGAAGACCUGGCCGAGAGAGGUUCACAGGUCCUCUUCAUGGGAAUGAUCUAUCAGAAUGCGGCCAUGGUACUGGCUCAUCCGGGUCAUUAUUGCUAUGGGCCAGUCGAAAAGAAGCUGGAGAACGAGGAAGAUGCAUCACUGGAAGAUCGAAUGGACGGGCUUGGUGUCCAAGAUAUGCUGACCUUCGGUGUGGAACCCGCUCAGAAAGCCGACUCCCGUGACUUUGAACAGUCGAUUGGCGUGGCUGGCUUCGAGUUACAUUCAUUUGACGACGCUUACAGCUCCCAAAACGCCCAAAGCGCGAUCAGCAUCAUGACGUUUUUGACCCGGAUUUGGUCCGAUAGCAGACGCCGAAAGAUCUUGUCCGACAAAGAGUGGGAAAACAUCGGUUUACCUGACCCAGAUGAUGAUGAUGAGGGUCAGGCGAUCUGGGGCAAUCUCAUGAGUUUCUGGGGCCAGGACUGGUACUUCCGAACCUGGGUUCUGCAAGAGGUCGUUCUCGCCAAGAAGGUUGUCGUCCUCUAUGGGGAGGCAGCUAUCAGUCUCCAGGCCAUCAUGGACUUCUGGUCGUUGGCCAGCCAGCAUGGUCUCCCUCGUGUUCUCAGAAUUGGUCCUUACGCGGACAUAUUCAAUAUGGUCAGGCACCUGAGCCCAGUCAGUUCCUUCAAAGAGCUACGGGGACAGAGAGGAGAUGAAGAUGACAAGAGCGACUCCGAGAAGAAAAUAAAGGAAACGACACCCGAAACACAUAGCCUUUUGGACCUUCUCUGUUUGUCGAGAAACAAUCUCGCCACCGACCCGAGAGAUAAGGUGUACGGCCUGCUCGGUCUUACAGAUGACGUCGUCUCCCAAUCGAUCAUCCCAGACUACUCCGAUGAGAACACCGCAGCAAACUUAUUUACCAAAGUUGCGACGAAGAUAGUGUUUGCGAGCCAAGUUUCUGGCUUACUGCAGCAUGCUGGCAUCGACCAAGAGGUUCCGGAUUUGCCAUCCUGGGUACCGGACUGGACGAGGCAAUCUCGCUCGGUACUGCCGAGCCAUCUGUACAGGUGUAUGGGCGCAACAUCUGCCAAGGCUACGAUAACCGAGGCUUAUAAGAAGGCUAAACUGAUGCUUCGUGGCGCGGUCAUCUCUCGCGUCAAUCAAGUUGGAGCUGCAUGGAAGUAUUAUUCCCAUGAUCGCUCCGCAUCGCCUUUUGGUGGUUUUGCAACGGCUCCCGAGGUCGAAAUUCCUCCGUUCAAUGAUGAAGACGCCAGGAACUUCAUUCUAACAUUCGCUUCUAAUACGGAAGAAGAUCUCGUCGGGCGAUAUGAUGAGGAGGGCUUCGGGGAUGCUCUAGUUCGUACCCUGGCGGUGGACUGCUCAUGGCAGGGCGAGAGAAUUGGACCAAGGACGAAGUGUUCAGCAACAAAAGCCCUGCUACCAACAUCGGAAGAACUCAAGGAUGAAGAACAGCCUGACUCUUCAGCUGCCGACGAGUUCUUUGAUGGAGUCGUGGCCUUCAAGCGCUUCUACGCCAGGGGCCCGGACUCUGAAGCCGACCUGACUGCGCCCGGGAUUCGAGUUCAUCAGACCAAGAUUUUCAUGUGGCUUCUUGACUUUGACGAGGACGUCGAAGCCGAGCUACAAGGACGUAUGGUUCCUUUUACGGUUUCAUUCCAAGAAGCGCAGCGAGGUCGGCGUUUUGCGACUUUGGGAACAAGAGAACCUGCCAAGCCCGACGACAAGACGGACCAAGCUGCGAAGGACAUGGAGAAAGAGCAUAAGAAGAAACGGUACGCGACGCAAGCAUUGGAGACCCAUUUCAUGGGAUCCUUGCCAUGGAAUGCGGAGGUUGAAGACUACAUCGUCAUGCUGGAGGGCUUCCGGACGCCGUUCGUGCUGAGAAGCGUGGACGGUGCCGACAAUACAAGCGGGGAGUUCACGGUUGUUGGGGACUGCUACAUUCACGGCGUCAUGAAUGGGGAGCUUCUACGUUUUGCCGAUGAGGUUGACGAGGAUCUUGAACGCAAGUACCUGAGCUUGGACGAUGAGGGACGGCACUAUGCAGUACGGGCACCGCAAGGGUUUGUCCCUUUUACCGAGUUCACUUUGGUUUGA